CCUCUCACCUCCAGCUGAUGAUGAAACACCGACAGAAGGAAUCUCUGGUUACCCAGUGACACAUCUCACAUCAGCUGCGGGUGACAGCUCUGAUCAUCUCUGCUACUACAGAACUUGAUACUGAUGACAUAACGGCCAGUGUUUGUGUGUGUGUGCCUCCCACUUCCUGUGGUCAUGAACCAAGUAAACCAUCGCAGCCUGCGGUGUUCAUAUUUCUUUCAGCCACAUACACAGACACAGACACAGACACACACAAUAUUUGGUUACGCAACACAGUUUCAUACAUUACGGUGACCUAUGCCAAGGCACUCAACUUUCCUCCCACUGUGUUGAUUCAUUGAUUUUUAGUGGUGAAUUAACCUGGCAGCGGCAGGUUGGGCCUAUCCCAGCUAGUCAGGACCAGUCCCUCACAGGACGCGUGUAAGCAGUCAACCACUCACACACGCAGUCUUGGACAGAUUAGAGUUAUCACUGACCUACUGUGUGUUUUCUGGCUAUGCAGGAGGAAACUAGAGUGCCUAGGGGUAACUAAGGCAGGAACAGAGGAUCAAGUGUGAGGGACGUUUGGAGACACCAGUGAGAAGAUUUCACUGUUUUGGAGUCGAUUUGCUGAGGAUGUGUUCGAACCGCCGUUGGAUGGCGCAUGCGCAGAUGACGCUCGCACUGGCGCUGCUGUAUGCGGCGUGUGCACGCGGGAGCGAGGCGCGUGUCCGUCUGAACUCCAUCCGGACGGUGGUCCUGCGAGAGGGUCACGUGCUUCCGGUGAACAGGAGCUCGUGGGAGCCCAGUGUGGAUUUGACGCUGUAUCAGUGCAUGAGCGACCUGGAGUGCAGCGAGGGGAGCUACUGCCACGCCCCCACCAGAGGCCCCGCCCACUCCCGCUGCCAAACCUGCCGCCGGAGGAAGAGGCGUUGUCAUAGAGACGGCAUGUGUUGCCCCGGCAACCGUUGCAGCAACAACAUCUGUGUCCCCCAGUUCAGCGGUUUUGUCUCCCAGCGGAUUCCUGACACGGAAGAGGUGGAGCCUUCGCUGGCCAAGAAGAGAGGAUGGAGAAAGAGAGGGCGGGUGGAAGUCAAGGGACCGCCUGGUAAAGGUCAGGUGGGCGACCCCUGCGUUCGCUCCUCCGACUGCUCCGAGUCUCUGUGCUGCGCUCGCCACUUCUGGACUCGGAUCUGCAAGCCGGUGCUGCAGGAGGGACAGGUUUGCUCCAGACAGCGGCGGAAGGGAAACCACGGCCUGGAGCUGUUCCAGCGAUGCCCCUGUGGGGAAGGACUGGGCUGCCGCACUCUGCCGGAGCCUUCGUCACCCCCCUCCUCAGCCUCGUCGUCGCUUCUGACGGCCGCAAAGUCAAAGUUUGCCCCCCACAUGUCCCGGCACCAUUCCCCUCACACGUCGCUGCUGUCCACCAAGUCCUCCUCGUCGGUGGCGAAAGCAAGACUCCACGUGUGCCAGAAACACUGAGGACACAGUGACGGAGAGAGAACUUGAAAGAGACCAGGGGAAGGAGCGGCCCUCCUCCUACUGUCUCCAUGCUAAUGUGCUUCCUGUCGGACUGCAUUCACUCACAAACUCAGUGGGAUGUGAAACUCUUUGUGGCUCAGAUCUGGUUUCCACCUAGGUGUCUAGACACAGCGAAACCAAUCUGGUUUGACGCCAUCUCCGCCAACAGGAAACACUUUCAUAUUCAGUAUCUGUGUGGCCCGAUGCGGACCAGAGGAUACAGAGCAAAUACAUGCUGUGACCAGUGAUUCCAUAGCUGCCACGCUUAGCCACACAAAUAUGGAUAAUUUAUUUUACUAUUGUUGUCAGCAGAGACUCUAUUAGAAAAGUGCUGAAUAUUAUUUCUUACAACUGCAAUGUAGCUUUUCAAACUGAACUUUCAAAACUGAAGUGAAGUUACUUGGUCAAACAUAGCCAAACAUGGUCACGAUUCAAAUCAAGAAACUAAACUUCACCUUUAAACAUGUUUUGUUUUGUUCAAAUGAUUUUUUUGUUUGUUUGUUUUUUUGUAACGAGAUGAACUUCCUUCUUUGUGAGCUUUGCUCAUACACAGAGCUCUCGACUGCCACUACUGCUCAAUAUAUGCUCUAGUGUAUCUUGAGUAGAUUUUUUUCCACCCGCUCUUUUUUUGGGAGGGUUUCUCAGACUCAAGACAAAUUGAGGUCCGUUGUGGAAUCA